CUUAGGCUGUUUCUGUCUGGGGAUGUCUGCUGUCUGCGAUUCUCGCGCGCUGAUUGGUCGCUGACACGAAGGGGGCUGGGCUUGAUCAUAACAAUGCACUUCAAGAAUCACACACGCGCCAACGGAAUGUGUUCCGUCGUCGGGGCGAUAACAUUCGCUUUGUGCGACCGUUAGCGGCGUUUCCUGCUCAGGUAGACGGUGUCGGCAGCGAUUAGCGUUUCCAUGGUUUCCGGAGAACACGGCUCUCCUAGGCAGCGGCAGAGAGCGCGUGUAAGGUGGCUAAAGUUAGCAAGCUAAUACCCGCUCCGUCGGGGGCGUUUAUUGUCAAAUAAUACCCGUCGGGGGGAAACUGUAGUGUGCUGAUAACCUCUCUCCGCUGCGGUCUCUGCCGGACGAUGACAUCCGCUUAGCGGGGUUUCCUUGAAAAGAGCAACGUGAAUGGAACACGGGAUUUCGGAAGCUAAAACACCUGCAGUCCUCCUCAAUCACCAAGGAAGCAAACUAGCUAAGAAAAGGUUAAGACAAUCAGAGGCAACAUACAAGUGCCUCCACUGUACACUUUCCUUCCCCAGAGUGUGACUCGUCUGCACGACGUCACCAAUGCGACCAUGGGAAAUAGCAGUAAAUAGGCUGCCACCAACAGCCCCCUUAAACCCCAGGAGGUUCCUCGGAGAGCCCUGCAACGCCCCAGUGCAUCUCAGGAGAAGCCCACCAGUGAGACGCCAGUGGGGGAGACGAGACAGACCUGUACUGCACGCUUCCCAGGUCCAGGAUGAGAACUUCCACCACCUGUUUUUCUCCCAACACCCCCAACAGAUUCCUUUAGAUGAGUCCAGACAGUACAGCCACACCAGCACAGCACCACGCAUGCUUCACCCUGCUGCCCACCUGCCCCAGCAGAGCCCCAUCAUGGUGGAUCUACACGACCAGAUGCACCAGGGAUCCGUUCCGAUAUCUUACACUGUUACGACGGUGACGACCCAUGGAUUUCCCAUUCACACCGGGCAGCCCCUUCCAGGGUGCAACACUCAGCAGCUCCCAGCAUGCUCGGUAAUGUUCAGCGGACAGCUCUCUCUGCUCUGCUGCCUUCCUCCUCCUCUCAUCCAGGCAUGUACCAUGCAGCAUAUACCUGUGUCUUAUCAAGCUUUUCCGCCACUGAUGUCCAGCGAACAUUUUGUAUUGCACCCGACCCCAUCUGUACCGCCCCACCAGCCGCCGCACCUUACUCCUUUGAGCCAGUUUGUCCCUUUACAGCCUCAGCACCCACGCAUGCCUCUACAGAGGGUAGACAACGAAGUUGACCUAAGAGGGGACCAGCACCCAUUAGGCACCUUCUCUUACCCUCCCUCUCAUCAUCCACCAGCGCUGCCUCCUUCACUGCCCCUACAGUAUCUUCCUCAAGAGCCUCUGCAUCAGGAGCUUCCCUUCGGAGUGCCAUAUCCCCACAUGCUGCCACGGCGAGUGAAUGGACAAAGAUUUCGGCUGCAGCAGCCUCUCCCCCCUCCUCCUCCACCUCCGUCUUACUACCCUGGCUUCCUCCCUUACUUUCUGUCAAUGCUUCCUGUGCCUCCAACAGCAGUGGGCCCAGCCAUCAGCUUAGACCUGGAUGUGGAUGAUGUGGAGAUGGAGAACUAUGAAGCACUACUGAAUUUGGCAGAGAGGUUGGGUGAAGCAAAACCACGUGGACUCACAAAAGCAGAUAUAGAGCAACUUCCGUCCUACAGAUUCAACUCAGAGAAUCAUCUAUCUGAACAAACGCUGUGUGUUGUGUGCUUUAGUGACUUUGAGUGUAGGCAGCUACUUCGAGUGUUACCUUGUAACCACGAGUUUCAUGCUAAAUGUGUGGACAAAUGGUUAAAGACCAAUCGCACUUGUCCAAUCUGUCGAGCGGACGCCUCGGACGUGCACCGGGAGGCGGAGUGAGGCCGGUCUCUGAGUGCUGAACUGGAAAGCUGCACCCACCAGAGUCUGUCUCAAAGCUGGGGACACCUGCCACCUAACCCGCGUCCUCCAGUAAAUAUAGCUUAACAAACCCACAACUCCUGCCCCUCAGUUGACGAUAAAGAAACCCAGGACUGUUUCCGGAGCGCGUCGUUCCUCCGAUGUGCUUCACUGUCCCGAGUGUCACAAAACCCACUGCCUACAGCCAGAGUUCUGGGAUCGCCAGCCACUUCUUAUCUCUGCCCCCCCACGUUGCAGAUUCCAAAGAUUUCCCCUUCAAUGCAUUAUUUGCUGCUUUUGUUUACAGGGUUUCCUCUUUUGAAUUUGUGGAUUUGUGGUGGUCUUUCACAAAAAGUAGAAGUCCCGCAUUGGAGGAGAUGAGUCGGAAGCCUGGAGGAUGGCAGGCUUGGACGCCUUGUGCAAUUAGCAGAAAAAUAAUAGGAGUGCUUCAACGUGGGUAUCUGUGUUCGGAGGCGACACUUAACCAUCAGAGAUGCAUGUUUGUGUUGGUGUUUGGCAAAGUGACUUGUUAAUAAUGUAUGUUCUGCAAUAACGUAUCGAUUGUUUUUAAUAGUUUCUCCUCCUUAUUUGUUUUCAACUUUGCCAAUGCUGUUGUGAAGGUGUGAUGCGCUGCGGCGGCGUUCAGAUUCUGUUAAGCCCGAGGUCAUGGACUGCAAGCGAUGGGACGUGCAGCUGCGGGGCGUCUCUGAGCCCUUUAUAAUCCACUCUGGAGCGCAGAUCUGUACAAAAGCAGCGCCGCGUCGAUGGAUUUUUGAGGUCGUCCGCCGUUAACUGCACAAGUGCUACAAUCCUCUCUCCACGUCAGCAUCGUUCCUCUAGCAAGUGCGUGCGUGUGCGUGUGCGUGUGGAUGUUUGUCCUGUUCACAGAGCCAAUGCAUUUUGUGUAACCACUGGAUACAGGGCAGCAUGCUAGGAUUUGCAUGAACUGUUGAUUCAGACUAGCAAUAUUAUCAAGCAUUGCCACCAAAAUGAUUCACUUUUAAGAACUAAAAACUAAAAAAAAGAACUGCUUGCUCACCUUAAAAAAAAAAAAAAAAAAAAAAAAGAUAUUUAAAAAAAAAAAGCACCAUAAGGGGGAAAACAGCAUGUUGGUAACACUCUGGUUGUUUUAAAAGAGAGAAGGAGCUCGUCUAAAGGCGUCGCCGAUCCCGACGAGUUCUAGAAGCCCGUGUGGAGAGCAAUACGUGCUGUGAGCGGACAUUUUCUUCCCCUUUUAGGAAGACUGGCUUUUUUUUUUUUUUCUUUCUUUCUUUGUGAGCCAAAUCCAACAUAUAUGUAUUUAGCCUACUGUUAAAUAUUUCAGAUCUGCCUUUUUAUGACGUUGACAAGCACAAACCUGUUACUAAUCCUAAAAGUACUUUGUCGUUUCCACUUCUUUGAAUAAUUUUUAAAAGGUUAAAAAAAAAAAAAAAAAAAGAAGAAAAAAAAAAAGGUGUUUAUUUAUUGGUUUUAUCCUCAAGAGAAAAAUCCAUUGAAGGAAGCAGUUGAAGCACUAAUGAUGUUUGCAUUAGGUGUCUGUUCUAAUCUGGUAACUUGGGUCCGGUCAUUGUCUUAGGCCAUGGUUAACGGUGUCGUAAAAGAGCAACUGUACGUAUAGCUUCAGUGUGGAUGCUUUUUAGAUAAAUGUUUUGAAGACAGAAGAAUGUUAGAAGUCUCUGGUGACGCUCCACGUCGACACCAGCUGUCUUGUUUUCCACGGUCAGAAGAUUCAGCUGGAGUGUUCAGUUGUGUAGAAACACUGUAAGACUUCUGGUCCCCCACACCCCCACCGCUUGUGUUAGGCGUGAAAAAAAAAAAAAAAAAAAAAAAACAUGUAAUUGGGGUUAGGAAGGGAAAGGGCAACGAAUGAACUUCUGCUUAGGAUUCGCUCUUGUCUCUUAACUGCCCCGGCGAGCACUAACGGGCAGCGGUGACCUUUGCUAUGACGUGUAAAGGAUUCUUGCCUUUUUCUUUACUUUUGUUUAAGUGAAUGUGAGUCUUUGACGUGUGCCACCUUCAAGAGAAAAAAAAGCCAUUUAAAAUGAGUUAAACCCACAGCUUUGAGAAUUAACCUAUGUGUACAUAUCUAUUUGCUGGCAUAUAUUGUAAGUUUUAAAAAAAAAAAAAAUAUCACUCAGGGCCUCUCGGUAUAUUAAAAAAAAAAGUAAAAAUGAACUGUCCAUUUUUUUUUUUUUUUUACACAAUUUUUUUUUUUUCUUCAAAUGGAACAGAUGCCAUGAAAAGGGUAUAUCUGAAUUCAGUUUGGUUGGUUUUCUUAGACCAUAAAUGAUUUAUCGUAAGCGAUUAUACUAUUUUGUUUUUGAAAUAGAAAAUACUACACCAUUUAAAGACAGGCAUGCAAGAAAAGAUCAAUAAGUAUGUUAACAAUAUCCACCGAAAAAGAAGAUGACUCAUUACAGGCGUAUUAUUCCAACCUGUUAGACUUCCGUUCUUGUACUCCAACGAUGUUUUCAGACAUAGCAGUGGUGAUCCCAUGUUUAAAUGUGCCGCAGCGCACUCUAUCCUACCUAAGUCACUCCUAAAUCGACUUCAGAUGUGUUUUUGCAUGACUUUAAAAAGGAAAAAAAAAGAAAAAAAGGUAAAACAAAUGUGUUACAGUGGAGGAUAUCCUUAAAAAAAAUGUAAAAAAUCUGAUGGGGGACCUAUUUAAUGGUGCACAAUAUGCAUGCUCGUCAACCAGAUCCUUGGCUCGGGUUCUGGGAGUUUGGAUCUUACCGCUCAGCUGAUAACUGCCAUGCAUUGUACUGCACACAUUUGUAAUAGAACUGAAUGACUACAAGAUUUUAUUGCGCUAACUUCAUUUUAUAUAGGGGGAUAUUUAAAAAAAAAAAAAACAUGUGAAUUCUUACAUAAAUUGUGUUACUGUUAUUGCCCUAACGACUGAGAAACACAUGCUCUGAUACUACUGUAGUCUUAUCAAAAGCCAUAGUGAAAAGGUGCUAGAUGUUCUGCUUUUAGGUAUGAAAACUCACACGCGUGAAUGCAAUAGUUUGUCAUGAAUCUCAUGUAUUCUUAAAGCAUGUUAUACCAAUACCCCGAAACAAUGUCAGUGAAAAUCACUUUAGUUUAAGGGAUUUAAGUAAAAGAAAAGUUAAUUAAAAAAAAAGAAAAGUGUUGUCAUACUUAUUUCAGUGUAGUACUGUAUCUGCCUAUCAGGCUCUUGCUCUCAGUGUAUGAAUAUCUUUGAAAAAAAUGUAUUGUUCACAUAUAGACGAUACCUUAAUUCAUGGUAAUGUUAGCACUAUUCCUUUUAUGGGGGAAAAAGUAUAUUUAAUUGACAGUAUCCAGCAACCUUGAUAAAUAAAAAGAACCUUCCAUUUAAGGCCUAGUUAAUGAGCUAAUUUUAAUUAUAACUCAAAAUAGAGUCUUGUAGUCUUUCUGUUUAAAGAGUUAAAUGAAUAAUCUCACAGCUUGUGUUGUGCAAAAAAUAAAAUAAAAAAAAUACAAGAUUUAAAAAAAAUAAAUAAAGGUUUUCCAAUAAGCAGCUAAAGUUUAUUUAGGAUUUGUGAUUGAUUGCUCCGUAGAUGCCAUUUAUUGUUUACCAAUGAUAUUUUUGCUGUGGUGGGAUAGUGGCGUAACUGUUCUUACUCUCCUCGGCCUCCAGGGGUCCUUGCCUGAACAUCAGAUUUAACCCACCCACCCACCAACAGAGCCUGGGGACAUGUGUUCUGUGUUUAGGCAGAUCUUUUUGCUUUGGUACUUGCACAUUUACACUUACCUCAUUUUUUUUCUCCAUGUCUGUAUUUGCGAGGGUGGGGUGGGCGGGGGAGAAAACGACUAAUAUAUAUUAUAUAUAGGAAAUGGUUCUUAUUAAUGUUAUAAUUUUUCAUUCCAUUGGAAUCAUAUUGUUUGUAGCAUUUAACAUAACUAGUUAGUGUAUUAUAUAUACAUCUGUAUACUGUUUGAAAAUUUUUAAGAUUUGUACUUUUUUUAAAUGAAAGUUGCUAGUUAUGCUUUACCAAGUAGUGCAAUCAUUUUUUUUUUUUUUUUUUUUUAUUGUUGUGGCUGAUUUGAGAGGGUUGUUCACUAAUAAAUGUAUGAUGUAUA